AUGACGCCAACGGACGGAGGGAGAGUCAGAGACACGACCGGAGGCGCUCUGCGUGUGACUUCAGCCGUGCAGAUUCGAGCCAGCAAGGACUACGCCAAGCUAGACUCGGACUUCGAGAAGCAAGAGCAAACGACGAUUACUGACGUUGUCGAUAGCAACCUUGACCCUCUACCAGCCGGCAGCAAGCACGAAGUCCCCUUCGCGUUCGCAACGAAUGAGUGGGUGAGCAUGGCCUCCAAACUGCCUGUAGCUGCUGCACUGCUGUGCCUACUGAGCUGCGUGAAAAGCCUGCAGAUAGACAAGAUAGACGGAGGCUACAAGGACCUGCUGAUAUCGAUCAACAAGGACGUCCCUUAUAAUGAGACCAUCGUAGAUAACAUCAAGAGCCUACUCAGGUCUUCAUCCGAUUUCCUGCACCUUGCAACCAACGGCCGCGUGUACUUCAAGCACGUGACCAUCGACUUCCCGAACACGUGGCCCAAGAGAAGCAACGCUCGACGCGUGUCUUCUAACUCGUUCGAGAAAAGUGACGUACGUGUGGACCUCGCUGGCUCACCCGCAGAGGAACGGCCUUUCACGAAGCAGUCGAGGCUCUGCGGAAAACCUGGAGACUACAUUCAACUGACGCCCACGUUCCUAGCCGAGCUCAACGCUUCAACAACAAAAACUUUCCGAAACACAGCGUACAUGUUCGUGCAUGAAUGGGCCCAUUACCGGUACGGAGUGUUCGACGAGCACGGCAGCCUGGAUGACGAUAAGCACCCAGUCACUUACUGCGAAGACCGUAAGGUCAAACUGAAUGCCUGCUCGACAAAGAUUCGCUACAGCGCGAAACUGGCCUCUGGAGAAAAGUGCACCAAGCUUAAUAAAACCACGUGCAGAUUUUCCAAGGACUGCAUUAUUCGCGUCUACGCAUCGGCGAAGGAUCCGGUCGAAUCGUCGAUCAUGUUCAUGCCGUAUGUCGCCAACGUGAGUCAGUUCUGCGACUCCGGCAACGGAUCGCGCCAGCACAACCGUUUUGCUCCCAACAAGCAUAAUGCGAUCUGCAAGGGCAAGUCCACGUGGGAAGUGAUCAGCGAGAACGAAGACUUCAAGAACUUGCCAAGGCCCGACAUGUCCAAGCGCAUCGAGGUGACAUUCGAAGAGACGCAGCAGAGAGAGGAUCUACCCCAACGGGUUGUCUUGGCUCUCGACGUCUCCACCAGCAUGGACGACUACAACCGAAUGACGUUCCUGAGGAAAGCUGUGACCCGAUACAUCCAAGAUAUCGAGGAUGGCUCGAAGCGGCUCGCCAUCAUCACGUUCAGCAACAACGCGACGGUCCGACACCCCUUGAUGAUCGUGAACGGUGACACUCGGCAGGGCCUCCUGAAUACGGUCAAGCAGUUGGAGACGGUCUGGUCCACGUGCAUUGGCUGCGCCCUCCAACGAGCCCUGGAGGUGUUGACCACUCAAGACGAGACGCCGGAGGGCGGCAUCAUCGUGCUGAUCAGUGAUGGCAUUGAGAAUGAGAAGCCUCAUCUCAAGGACGUCCUGCCGCAGUUGACAGCAGCCAAGGUGGAAGUCAGUACGCUGGCACUGGGAACCGAAGCCGACGAUCAGCUAGAAAUGUUGGCAACGGCCACGCGCGGCAAGGCGUUCUCCUUCCAGGACCUGAAGGGAAACACGGCACUCCGCAUGGAGACUGCCUUCCUGGAAGCUACCACAACACAGGCCGGCGCAGACAAAGAGUACGUCACGCUCGUAGACGCCGCAAGAGAAUUUACGACCAAGUUAGAGGAAAAGUUGGUGCUCGAACCUUCAUUGGGUAAUGACACGGUCGUCUUGGUCGAACGAGUGAAGCCCAUGUACGCCGACUUCACGGUGACCCUCAUCGAUCCCAGCGGCCAAGAAUGCAAACAAUGCUCAGACCGCGGAGACGAGCGAACGAAGAAGAUCGUCAUACCAAGCCCGGCGCAGCCCGGGGAAUGGACCAUUCGAGUGGAAAGCACUGACUCUCGACCGGUGGAGGUCAACAUCCAAGCCAAGUCCAAAGGCAAGGAUCCCGACAGCGAGCCGAUUCGGGUCAACUGCCGAAUGGCCAGCCUGGAAGUUGCGAAACCUAACGAAGCUAUCAUCUACGCCGACGUCAAUAAGGGCAGGAAGGCUGUGCUCGACGCCACGGUGGUCGCCGAGGUCACUGGCCCAAACCAGCCGCACAAGUCUACGGUACCACUUCGUGACGACGGUCGCGAUGCCGACGUCCAGGCCAACGAUGGAACUUACAGUGGGUACUUUGACGAGUUCACUGGCAAAGGGAGGUACGCCGUCACAGCUCACGUUUCGAGUAAUAACAGCGCUCGAGUGAGCGAUCCGAAAGUUGCCUCUGGUAGCUUCUACAACAUCCCUGUAUCCACCGUGCCAUCUGACAAAUCGGAGCCAGACACCGAGGCGGACCACGAAUACUCGAUCGAUGACUUCGAAGACGACGACUCGACCGCCGAAGAGGCAAACCACACGUCGGCGAGCGUCGAGCCUACCGGCGCCUUCCAGAGGGUGGCGGUCGGAGGGUCCUUCCAAGUUACUGAAGACAUCGUGAAGAGUCAGGUGCCCCCAGGUGACAUCGACGAUCUUAAAGUGGUCGAUGUGCGCCCGGGAGCGAACGACACGUUGGAGGUGCAGCUCUCGUGGACGUGGCCAGGAGCUCACCUAACAUCGGGAAAAGCCGCAGCCGUGGAGCUUCGAGCCAGCAAGGACAACGCCAAGCUAGACUCGGACUUCGAGAAGCAAGAGCAAAUGACGAAGACUGACGUUGUCGAAGGAGACCUCGACCCCCUCCCUGCCAGCAGCAAACACGUCGCAACGUUCACGUUCGCAAGCAAGUGGGCCACACGUCGACCCGACGGGGCCUUAGACUGGAAGAUAUUCCUGGCGGCUCGCGUAGCCAACAGCGACGGGCUUAAGUCCAAGACUUCUAGCGUCGUGCAAGUGACGUACACGCCUCCUCCUGUAACGACCACAGCGGCCACUACCACCACGGUGGCCCCCACAACAGAAGCAACGACAACGCAGGCAACCACAAGGGAAGUAACCACAACUGAAGCACCCACAACACAAGAAACUACUACGGUAGCGGCAACUACGAUGGAAAGUACAACCACGACGGUGGCCGGCGGGGAACGCACACCGGAAUCGCGUGGUCUCCCGCAACUGUGGCUGUGGACCUUGAUAGGCGAACAAGAUAAGACCAAGAGCAGGGGUCGGGCCAGCGCUUUUGUAGCCUGGGUGCACGAUGUUCAGGAACGCCGCAGUGCUCUGGGUUGGAACGACGUGAGUUUCCAUGGCUCGCGGCAGAUUCCCACGCCGAACAUCGAUGCCCUGGCCGCUAGCGGCAUGAUGCUGCAAAGACACUACACGUCGCCGGACUGCACGCCUUCUCGGACAGCCCUGAUGACGGCGCGCUACCCGUCGCGUACAGAUGUGGGAUACGAGGUGUUCCCGACAGCGUCGAAGAUAGCUCUCUCGCUGCGCUUCGAGCUCCUGCCGCAGUGGCUUAAGAGACUGGGAUACAGCACACACAUGGUGGGAAAGUGGCACCUGGGAUACAAGAGUUUGAAGCACACGCCGACUUGGCGCGGCUUCGACACAUUCUUCGGCUACUACAACGGCGACAUCUUUUAUUUCAACCACACCAUUAUGAACGAACAGCACUGCGGCUUGGAUUUUUGGCGCAACGUCGGCCAUUCGACGCAAGCUGCCGCCGAUCUAAACGGCACCUACUCAACGCACGCGUUCACCGACGAGGCCAAGCGCAUCAUCGCUGAACAUGACGUACGAAAGCCCCUGUUUCUACAUAUGUGCCACCAGGCCGGCCACUCUGUCUGCGCCGACUGCACCGCAGAGGCACCCAAGCAGAACGUGGAUCGCUUCGCGUACAUCACAAACUACAACAGAACUGUGUUGGCCGGUCAUUACGUAGUUGUUGGAGGAAAUGUAACGGGUCCAGAAAAGUUGCGAAAAGUGGAGCCACAAGAGGGACACAAAGGACGAUGA